UAACCUUCUUUCACCAUUUCCUCCAUAGACUAAAGAAGAAAGAUCAGGAAAAAUAUCUUGAUUAUGCAAAAGAGAUGAUGAUCCCGACUACAACAGUAACAAACCUCUAUAAUCAAACCCUUUAUUCAGAUUCUUUUCAAUCUCAUUUCCUCUUCGUAAUCUGAAAGAAUUUUGUAUAGUCGAGGAGGAUUUCAAAUUGAAAUCAUGAAUAAUCCCAAGCCUUCUGGAAGUAAUCACUCAUUCAAACUCGUCCUUCUCGGAGACGGUAGGGUUGGUAAAACAUCAUUAGUAUUGAGAUAUGUGAAUAAUGUAUUCAAUGAUCAACAGCAAGCAACUGUACAAGCUUCGUUUCUAACUAAACGGAUUCUUAUACAAGGUCUGCCUAUUACUCUUUCUAUUUGGGAUACAGCAGGACAGGAACGAUUUCAUGCUUUGGGGCCGAUAUACUAUCGUGAUGCAGAUGCUGCACUUUUGGUGUACGACAUCAUGGACAAUGAUAGCUUCAUUCGGGUGAGAAAUUGGGUGAAAGAACUUCAGCAAAUGGCUUCUAAAUCUAUAAUCAUGGCAAUUGCUGCAAAUAAAUCUGAUUUGGUUAGAGCAAAGAAGUUCAAUCUGGAAGAGGCUGAAAGUUAUGCUUCUUCAAUUGGAGCAAAAUUGUUUAUGACAUCUGCGAAAGUCGGUACUGGAAUUGAUGAUGUCUUCCUUGAUAUAGCAACGAGAGUACUGCAGAAAAAGCAUAGUACUGAAGGUUUGUCUCCUCCUCGUCCAAGGAAAGGGAUGCUCAUCAUAGAUGACGAGCCUGAAAAGGAACAACAACCGACAUGUUGUUCGUAGCAUUAGAGGCAUUGGUGGAUACAAGAAUACUAAUAAGACAGCUGUUAUAAGCUCACUAGAAUACUAUCAAGGCAGCUGUUAUAGCUCACUGAAAGUGCUCAUUUCAUCAGCCAUCUCUGACAAAAUCUAUUUACACUACCCAUGAGCAAUAACAGUAGUUAUAUGACUGCCUAACUCUUAAUACUUUGCGGUCUAGGUUCUUUAAUAUUUCGCAAAUUCUUCAAUAUGGGUAGUUCAGUAUAUGUAGUUGGCUUAGUGGAUAAAUUGCAGGACGAUGGGAGGAAGGAGGUUUUAUAUUGCUCUUAGUUAUACAAUUCACUGUCGGACUGGAAUGCUAAAUUCAUAAUAUAAUUCAGUUGAUGGGUACUAUAAAGAGGACUUGACCAGACUUUU